CACGAUCUCAUUGAGAUCAGCAUGCAGUCCUAUAAAUUUAUCUGUUGAAUUUCAUUAUCAUUUCCAUCGACAAAGUUCUCUCCAUGCACAAUUGUUUCUUUUCUGCCUGCUGUUUUUGACUCCGUUCCGUCGGGUACUUCUGCAAACCAUUUCGUUUCCGUUUUGGAAAAAGAAAAAAACAUUUUAAACUUUAUAAGAAAAAAUUCCGUCGCAUGCUGUUUUAGAAAAAAAAAAAGCACGUGUGUGAUUUAUUUAUAAACAGCUAAAAGAAAACGGAUAAUAAUGCCAUUUGACUGCGGUCAUGCUGGGGCACCACCUUUAGUCGAGCAAAUCGACCCCCAGGACUUAGUCUUUGUAAGCCUAGUACUUAUUCUAUUGGUCUCUUUUGGCGAACUGCUGAGAGAUUAAUAAUGGCUGAAUGUCAGGCACUUCAUGCUCCAGAAGAGAAGACAGCUAUAUUCAAUACUAGUAAUUACCUGAACUUGCAACACACAUUACUGGAGAUUGUUGAAGAAUUGAAAGUCAGAAGAAAAAAUGACAAUGAGUAUGAAGAAAGAAUGCAAGAUUUGAGGAAAACCAAUUUAGAGCUCAGUAAGAAUUAUAAUAUUGAACAAAAAAAUAAUUCCAAUUGUAUAGAACAAUGCCAGAAAAGAAUUCAAGAGGCCUACAAUGAAUAUGAACAGAAGAUACUGUUAAAUGGAGAAAAUAUGGAAAAAUUUCGACUCCUCUACCUGAGUAAAGAAGAUGAAAUCACAGCCUUGAAAGAAGAAAUAAAAAAUUUACAGCUUGAAAACUUUGGUUAUCAAAAGCAAAUUAAAGAUCAAGAACAGAAAAUAGAAUUACAACUGAUGAUAGCCGAUCAUCAUGUUAAGCAAAUGUCCCAGGUUGAAUCUAAAUUCAUCUCCAUAAAUACACACAUACAAGCAUUAGGAUUAUCUCAGAAAUCAUUGAAAGAAAAUGUACAGAACUCAUGUCAGCUACAACAGAAAUUAGAAAGGGUCAACAAACAUGUAAGGUGUCAAUGGAAACAGUGCAAUGCAGACUUGGCCUCAUUACAACAAGAAAUUCUGCAGAUGAAAAUAUGUGCUCAAUCAGCGCCAAAAGAAACGGUUAAUGCAAGACAACUUCAGGAUGAAAUCACAAAAUAUCAGCAACAUAUUAAUAAACUGAACAUUGAAAAGGAAGAAACAUUGAAACAAUUGGAGAAAUCUAACCAGAAAAAUGAUAUAUUGAUGAAAAACCUAACUAAUGUGCAGAAUCUCUUGAAAUAUCAAACAGAAAAUGCUAAAAAAUUCAAAAUGGGUUUUGGAAAACUUGAGAAGGAAUCUAAAGAAAUAACAGACAUGAAUCUAGCAACAACACAACAACAACAACUACAGCAACUUAAACAAAAUAUUGAACCCAACUCAUUGGUUAGCCAUCAUGAUGAACCUAAAGCUGCUUCUGUGGAUACUUGACAUCAGGAGGAGGAAGCUGGUUUCCAGCAAGGAAACAAAAGCUCCAUUGCUGGAAUUUAGAUAACAACAAUAAUUAUUACAUAAUGAACUUUAACAAUUCCACUUAUAGAUUAUAUCUGAAAACUACAUGCUAACUAGUCUCUUUGCCCUGAAAGCCUAACUUUUCCAGAUUGUCAUUUGGAGUAAUUCUUUCCCAAAUCUUUACUAAGAUAUGGUAGUCCUGCACUUCUGGAUACACUGAACUGCAUGUGUUAUUAAAAAUAAAACUUUUCUUCCUCUUCUGAAA